UUUUGUUUACCUUAGCAACCACAGAGUCAUUGGAGAGUGAGUGUGAUUAGCUUGCUAGCAACAGCUUUCUAACAAACAAAAUAAAUACAAGUAUUAAUUUCAAUUCUUUUGUAAAUAUACAUUUGGCAGUGAAUAGAGAUGGACUCCGAUUCUUUGCAUUACUCCUUGGAUUUAGCUGCUGGAAAUGGUUUGACUCUAAGCAGUGAGCAGAGAGCUGCUCUUCAAACCUCUCUGGUCAUACUGAAGAGAAACUACAAAUUCAGCCAGGUUUUAUUUUGGGGAAAGAUUUUGGGGAUAAAAUGUGACUAUUUUAUUGCUCAAGGAGUUGAAGAGGAUAAAAUGAGGAACAAAAAGUCUUUGUACAGUUUAAAUUGCAUAGAUUGGCACCUGUUGCCCCAAGCCACCAAGUCCAUGAUUGCAGACGUGGCAUUAGCAGCACAGGGGCGAUUCACGGGCGACCCGUCCCAUGAGUACGAGCACACAGAGACGCGCACUGAGGGUGAGGGGGACGAAGCCACGGAGGUUGAGGUCACGGUGAAAGUGAAUGAGGCGAGUCGAUUGGCCACGACCGUGUCAAACAUCGAUAAAGAAGUGUCUGUAGUGCCACGUGGUGCGUUCGCUAAGAGUCCCAGUGGCAAAGUGCAGAUAAACCGAAGCUUUGGAGGUCUACAUCCCACUGAGGCUGCGAAACUUCACAACUACCUGCACUUUCGUGAGCCGGUUAACCUGAAAAAGAAGUCCAUCUUAGAAAUGUCUGAACUGAACCCUGCUCUCGACUUCCUAGAUCCUUUGAGUGAGGACAUUCCCAAAGUGUGUGUUCUUCAUGCAGGGUCAUGGAGCCUGCAGCUUGAGCGUGGCGGCACUGUGUGUGUGUUACGCAGUUUGCUCUGGAUGGGUCUCACCUUCUUUCAUGUUCCCCAGACCCCUCAGCAUGGGUACAUCUACAUGGGAGAUGGACUUAUGAACCUGGACCUGCCCUUUAUGUUAUAGCAGCCAAACUGACUUCUGAAGCACAAUCUACUUGUUUUUGGCACCACAUUUUAAAGACAGCAAAAGCUUCAAUCUCUCUUUAAGUGUUAACGUGUAAUCAAGCUUACUUCACUGUAAUUUUCUUUACUGUCAGGAAAACAUAAACACAUCAACAUGUUUGGAAAGUU